UUCAGUACCUAAAUUAACCAUGGUAUGGAAUAUAUAUUACAUAUCUCUGGUGUUGUUUUCAGCAUCCUUGAUUCAGCAAGCUUCUUCUCAAGAUGUAUCAAGCUGUGCAGGGAGAUGUGGGGAAGGGUAUUCUAGAGAGGCUCCCUGCCAUUGUGAUUAUAGCUGUCUACACUACAUGGAGUGCUGCCACGAUUACAAGAAAGUCUGCACAGAGGAACUCUCCUGUAAAGGACGCUGCUCUGAAUCUUUUGUAAGAGGGAGAGAAUGUGACUGUGACGCAGACUGCGAAAAAUAUGGGAAAUGCUGUCCAGACUAUCAGAAACAUUGUGAAGAAGCACUUACUAUGAAAUCAUCAUCAUCCAGAACAGCUCCUGUGGUCACCAAAACAACAGCCAAACGGUCAUCUAAAAAUUCAAAGAAGAAGAAGCCAAAGAAAGUAGUACAAUCUCAUGAAGUUAUGGAAGAACAUUCAGAAUCUGAGAAACAGAAAUCUUCUUCCUCAUCGUCUUCCUCGUUGUCAUCCACAACAAUUCGGAAAACAAAGGCUUCAGCAAGAAAUCCCAGUGAAAAAAACCAAACAAAUAAAAUUAAAAACAAAAACAAUAGAAAAGUGAAGGAUACCAUGAAAGAGCAAGACUCAAAAAACAGAAGAACUUCAUCCAGGACUUCUACAUCUGAUGAAAUAAGAGAGAUUUCUGAGGAGACUGGCAGUGGAUUGGACAAUGUGGGUACUAGGCCUGCUCCUACUGCAAAGGGCCCUGACAGAAAAAUUUCAAGUCAAGGAAAUAAAGGUACAACAGCAGCUCCAUUGUCAGAAGAAAGUUUUAGCCAGACCCCUGCCUCCCAGCCAGAUAAAGUUACUAUGCCCUUCAAAAUGAAUACUACAAAGACAUUAAGUCUGAAGACCAACAUGCAACCUACUACUACAAGUAUGGCUAAGAUCUCAGCAUUAACUAGUGCAGCUCAUGUCACUAAAGCUAAAGACACAAGUACUACAUCUAUGAAAAAUGCCACAACUACUACAGCUAAAGGGAUGACCACAGCUAAGAGAGAUAAAACUACUGUAGUGAUAGAAACAACAACAACAUCUAAGAAAUACACUACAAAAACAGCUGAAGAGCUAACAGCUAAAAGUGACACAACUACUGUAGCUAUGAAGAUAACAACAGCUAAAACAGACAUGACUAAUGCAGCUAGGAAAGCAACAACAGCUAAAAGUGACAGAACUAGUGCUGUUAAAAUGGCAAUGACAACAAGUAAAAGAGUCACACCCACAGCAGUCACAGAGAAGACAACAAGUAAAAGAAUCACACCCACAACAGUCAUAGAGAAGACAACAACAGAUAAAAAUGAUAUGACUACUGCAGCUAAAGAGACUAUAACAACAACAGAAAAGCAAGGCACGAUGACAGAUAAAACAAUACGCAGAAAAGACACAACUACUCUAGCUAAAGAUACUGUAAUGACAACAGAUGAAAGAGACCUAACUACUCUGGGCAAAGAGACUGUAACAACAACAGAAAAGAAAGACACAACAACUACAACCGCUAGAGAAACAAUAACCACAACAGAUAAAAAAGUCACAACUAUUGCUGAGAGAGAGACUGUAACAGCUAAAACAGUCACAGCUGCAGCUAAAGACACUGUAAAAGCAACAGAUAAAAAAGACACAACCACAGCAAAUGACGAGAUUAUACUGACUCCAGAUGAAAAAGACUUAACUAAAAAAGACACAACUAUUGCAGCGAGGAAGACUGUAACAAGAGCACCUAGAACAGACACAACUGCAGAAAUUCAAGACACUGUAACGACAGCAGGCAAAAAAGAUACAACUACUGUGGGCAAUGAAAACGUGCCAACAGAUGAAAGAGACAAAACAACCAUAGGUAAAAAAGACACAACGACAAUGGACACAGAGAUUGUGAUGACUACAGCAGAAAGAGACACAACAGAUAAAAAAGACACAAUUGCUGCAGAGAGAGAGACUGUAACAACAACAGCUAAAACAGCCACAACUGCUGCAGCUAAAGACACUGUAACAUCAGCAGCUAAAAAAGACACAACUACAGUAGGUGAAGAGAUGAUAUUGAGUCCAGAUGAAAAAGACUUAACUAAAAAAGACACAACUACUGCAUAUAGAGAGAUUGUAACAUCGGCUACAACAGCCACAACUGCAGCAGCUAGGGAGACCGUAACAAGAGCACCCCAAACAGACACAACUACAGAAACUCUAGCCACCAUAAGUAAAAAAGAUACAACUACCGUGGACAAAGAGACUGUAAUGACAAUAAAUGAAAAAGACAAAACAGCCAUAACUACUAUAGCUGCAGUCAAUACAACAACAACAGAUGAAAAAGACACAAUAGAUAAAACCACAACUACUGCAUCCAGAGCUACUGCAGCUAAAAAAUCUGUAAUGACAACAGCUAAACUGGACACAACAGCAGCAGCUAGAAAGACACAAACUACCACUAAACAGACACCUACUGCUGCUGAAGUAACAACCAUGGCUAUAGAACUGACAACUGCAGAUAAAGAAGAGACUGUAGAUAACAGACAGAAAACUACAGCUACCGAAGAAACAACAACGGAAGAGAAAAAAGAGUUAACCACUGUUAUCAAAGAGAGAACUACAGAGGACUCAAAGGACAUGACUACUGCAGCCAAAGAAAAAACUAUGAAUGAAAAAAAAGAGACAACUCCAAGUGGUACAACAGAAGUAACUGCUGCUGAUGAAGAGAUAAAUAUAGCUGAUAAAAGAGAGGUAACCACUGUUACCAGAGAGACAACUAUGGCAAAUAAAAAAGAAACAGAUGCUGUCACUAGAGACACCUCUACUGCCAAUAAAAAAGAGGUAACAACUGCUACCAAAGAGACAGCUACAGUGGAUAAAAAAGAAAAAGCUUCUGAUGAUAAACAGGCAACUACAACAGGUAAAAUAGACACAACUGCCAGUACUGUCACUAAAGAAACACUGACUGUCUCUGAAGAGGUGUCCACUACAGCUAAAGGCUCCCAGGAAAGACCUGUGUCACUAACAGAAGAUAAACCUGGUAUCACUGUCACUCAAAUCCCACCAGUAAAAGCCAGUGCCAAACCCACCAUUGAACCUGAAAAAAACACUAAGUCUGUGAUACAAAUUACUGCUACUCCACCCAUAAACCUUUCUACCUCUCAACCUAAAGAUGUCCCUGAAACAAAAGUCCAUUUUGAAACCACAAAAGAAACAUCUACUGUUACUAAAAGAUCUACAGCAACUUCCAUUUCCAAGGAGACUACUGAAACCAAAGACAUCUCUGAAAAUACAUACACUACAGAUUCUACCACCCAGAAAAACACAACACAGUUUCCCACUGAAAAAUUACAAACUUCCAAGAUCAUCAUCAGUCCUUCUUUGGCUCAGAAACCAGCUACCCACCCAGUCACUCCUGAGCAGGAGAAACAUAUAGAUAAUUCAAGAUCCACUGCAAUUAAUCCAAUGACUCUUCCAGACAGUAAUUUCCCCCGCAGAAACACAGAAAACCCUAAAGAAACUCCCGUUCCUUAUGAGGGACCCAAUCAAAAUCCUACCUCUUCCAAACAAGUUAACUCUAUAGACUACCCAGCAAUCUCAUUCACAACUUCUAUUGUUCCACUGAGAGCUACACCUAAUCCUAAUGGCAAUGAUGAAAACAACAGGUUGGAAACCAUUAUGAAAAUAACAUGCACAACAACAAAAUCUAAUUCAGCUAUCCCUCAAAAACAAGAAACAACGUCACAUGGCAUUACAACUAAUACCAGCAUUGAUCUUGUUUCAGAUAAAGAAAUUACCAAGGAAAGUCCAAUAGCUAUGAACACAAAUACAUCAGUAAAACAUACAAUAGUGUCUUCAACCUUUACAGCUGAGAAAGAUAUGCAUCAUACCUCCACCUUGCCCAGCGGAUUCAUAACCACAAGGACUGAAGAAAGAAGAGAAGUCACACAUUUCCCCACUAAAACAUACUCAUCAACUAAAGCUCCUGAAAGAAGCCCCGCUAUACACACAGACUCCAAACUACAGGACAAGAUCAACACAACUUACAAAGAUGAACAAGAUAAGAAUUUGUGUAACGGAAAGCCAGCAGAUGGAAUAGUUGCUUUACCAAAUGGAACUUUAGCUGUAUUCCGAGGUCAUUACUACUGGCUGCUGGAUUCAGCUAGGCAGCCAACAGUGUCCCCUCGUAAAAUCACUGAGGGUUGGGGUAUUCCAUCCCCCAUCGACACUGUCUUUUCCAGAUGCAACUGUGAUGGCAAAACCUUCUUCUUUAAGGGUUCCCAAUACUGGCGUUUCACUAAUGAUGUGAAGGAUGUGGGAUAUCCCAAACAAAUUGCAAAAGGAUUUGCAGGACUAAGUGGGAAAAUAGUAGCAGUUCUUUCAGUAGCACAACACAACAAAAGGCCAGAAUCUGUGUAUUUUUUCAAGAGAGGUGGCAGCGUUCAACAUUAUAUCUACAAUCAAGAACCAGCCAAAAAGUGCAAAAAGAAAGUAUAUGUUAGGUACCCAGCUUAUACACCCAGAGCUGUGAUCAAGAGGAGACGCUUUGAACGUGCAAUAAGAUCAGCAAUCAUGUACCGCACACCAGUCAUGUACCACACUCUCAGAAUCAACCAUAAUCCAUCUGGAAUAUUACAUCAUGAGGUUAAAAUAAAUUCUUACUGGAGAGGAUUUCCAAAAGUAGUUCACUCAGCUAUAUCAAUACCUAACUACCAAAGGCCAGAUGGUUAUGAUUACUAUGUUUUCUCUAAAGAUCAAUACUACAACGUGGAUGUGGCCAGCAGAAUAGCAAGAUCAGUUACCUCUCAGACUGGGCAGACGGUAUCCAAGGACUGGUAUAAGUGUCCUAAAGAUGAAUUGUAAGACAGGAUUUUAAAGAAAGAAGCCAUUUUAAUUUGAGUUUGUC